GUCAAUGCAGGUCUCUGUCAAGGUCUCGUUGGGCCCUGCUGGUUCACUUUUCAUGUCAAGGUGAACAUCCACCCAUGCAAAAGUUCUUGGACAGCUACACCACGUGACACCCCAGAAGCCAAUCCAUUACACCUCAGUGCAGUUGGGUCCUGUGCUCCCAAUGUUUCCAGUUCUACCGAGCAUCUGAUGGGGACACCAACUGUGACGCAUCUGAAUGGGACACCAGCUACAACGCACCCGAAUGGGACACCAGCUACGACGCACCCGAAUGGGACACCAGCUAUGACGCACCUGAAUGGGACACCAGCUAUGACGCACCUGAAUGGGACACCAGCUACGACGCACCUGAAUGGGACACCAGCUACGACACACGUGGUGGGAAAAUCAACUAUGACGCAUACAGAGAAGUUUCAAAUCCCAUGGCAGAAGUUCCCAGUUAAAAUGAUGACUGCACUGAAGGAGAAGAGGAGACCACAACCAAAAGAUAGAAGGCACAUGAUUAGGAUCGUCAUGGAAGACAUGAUGGCUUCUGACAUCAGGCCAGGCAGAAGCAAGUUGAAGCAGGUUGCACAACAGCUGGUUGAGAGAUACCCGGAUUCCUUCUUGGAUCAGUGCGGCACAAAUGUAGUGGGUCAAGGUUUUGCAUCCCUCGUGGUACAAAUGGAGAACCGAGUCGAGAAUGUCAGAAGGCAGUAUGGUGUCAUCACAAGCCCUGAAGAAAGACCUAAGAAAAAACUCAAGUCAUCUGACUAUUAUGGUUGUAGUAACUGGCAACCCGGGGCACCAAAUGGCUCCGACUAUGAAGAAAAAAAGAAAAUGCUACAAGAUGCCUAUAAAGAAAAUCUUCUAUCUGAGAUUGACAUCAAGGGAGUAAUGUCAGAAACAUGCAGCGCCCAACGCAUCACUCUGAAUAACCAAGACAAUGUAAUCAAAGUCAUGGAAGAAUGGCUGUACCUGUUUGAAGCCACCCAUCUACUCGACCACACAGAGAAGUUGAUCGGAUUUCCUGUCCAGACGAAACUGCUGAACCAAAUUGAGGAGAAGGGCAAGACCAUCACUGAGUUUCUUGUCGGCAAGGGAAUCACGGGAGUUACCGCAGACCCAUUGAACCUCCUCUGGGGCCUGAUCAAGUACUUUGGAGAGGAGCCAAAGGUGUUGCUACUAAACCAAGAACAGGAUGCCUUAGGAGAGCUGCCAAGCACACCAUGUAUCAUCAUCGUGGAUGAAGGACGAUACAAGCUAUCAGUGGAUGAAGUUACUGUGAACAAGAACAUCAGCUGUCCUCUGGUUGCCGUGAGCUGUAUGUUCAGCCUCUUCUAUGUUCUGAACAUAAAGUACCCAAAGGAAGCAGCCCUGACACUGGAGUUUAUCCAGAGGAGCCUGCUGGGUAUCAAUCCAGAACGAGGGUCGAAGUCUGAAAAGAAGGGUGCAAAGCAGUACCACAUCUCCCCAAAACUGCUGCGAUUCCUAUCGGAUCUGAAUGACUUCCAGAAUCCUUGGAAGCUCUAAAGGUCCCAUGAGGUCCUACAGAAGGGGCGUGACUGUGGCACUCUAUGAUGCAUCCGAUGGGGACACCAACAAGUGCUUGCAGUCUACGGCAUCUUUGCAGUUUACAUUGUGUUUUUAUCUACACUCUUCAUGAUUUUGCUCAUUUAAUGUUCAAUGCAAUUUCACUAACACAAUUGUUUGUAGUAUACCUUCAUGUAUUUUGUAUGACAGAGAAUUAGGGCCACACUAAGAGAAAAAAAAAAUUAAAUUACGAGAAUAAAGACGUAAUAUUACUAGAAUUAAGUCCUAAUAUUACCAGAAUAAAGUCAUAUAUACUACGAGAAUUAAGUCCUAAUAUUACCAGAAUAAAGUCAUAUAUACUACGAGAAUUAAGUCCUAAUAUUACCAG